GCUCCUCACCACACCGGGUUACUUUUACACCAAAAAAACUAUAAUUAAUUCUUCAGUUUGCUCAAGAAAAUUUGUCAAUGUUUAGUUGUGAACUAUUCUAAGUAAUUUUGUGUGAUGAAUGCGGCGGGAUUUACAUAUCAGAGGGGGCCUUAAGCAAGUGACGUGCCAUGAAAUGGGUUUUCUUUUCGACAGGAUGGCGGCAAGCGAGCGCUUGAAAUGACAGAAGCGAACUAUGACCGGAAGUGUGUAAAAUGGAACGCAAGAGGUCUGUCAGGAGACAGCGAAGAUAUGAGAGACCUUUCGCAAAAAAGUGCAAAGAUUUAUGCAGACAAUUUAUCGCUUUUCUGUUUAGUAAUGUCGGAAUCAUAGGACUUGUGGUCAGCUACACGAUCGCCGGCGCAUUCAUAUUCCGCUUCGUCGAAAAGAAGUACCAGAUGCAAGUGAGGCUCGACGUGCUUCGAAUCCGCAACGAGACCGUAUCGAAGUUUUGGAACAAGACUCUAGAAAUGAACACUUUUGCCGAAGCGGAUUAUAAGAAACUUCUAUUAGAAGAACUCCUAAUCUACCAGAAAAGAAUGGUCAAGUUUAUCCAACGUGGAUACGACGGAGAGAACUACUCCGACAAGUGGUCGUUUGCUGGUGCUUUUCUAUAUUCACUCACGGUUAUCACCACAAUUGGCUAUGGCAACAUUUCGCCUCACACAAUCGAAGGUAAAAUAACAACAAUAGUUUAUGCAAUAAUUGGAAUGCCCCUCUUCCUUUUGUAUUUAUCAAACAUUGGCGACAUCAUGGCUCGUUCUUUCAAAUGGGUGUAUGCCAACUGCUGUCUGUGUAGAUGGUGUCCAGGUGUGGCAAAAAGGCGCGCUGAGAGGAAACGGGAAAGGGCGCGAAUCGAGGAGGAGGAGGAUGAAGGGGAAUAUGAGGUUGAAAUGGAACCGAAUUACGGCGAUUUUUACAGGCAAAGGGCUUCGAUUGUUAGCGAUGCGAGUCAAGGGAUGACUGAAGGAAUGAGCGAGGAGUCUUAUGAUGUGCAAACGGUCACUGUGCCUGUCACCAUUUGUCUGAUGAUUAUGGUGGGAUAUAUCUGCGGCGGCGCCCUUUUGUUUUGUAAAUGGGAAGACUGGGAAUUCAUGGACGCUUUCUAUUUUUGCUUCAUAUCUUUGAGCACCAUCGGGUUCGGGGAUUUGGUCCCCGGCGAUAAGAUUUACCGACGCGGAGACGACGAACACCUCGUCGACGAAGUCUUGGAAUUAAGUUUUGUCUUCUGCUCGAUGUAUCUAAUGGUGGGAAUGGCCCUCAUCGCCAUGUGUUUUAACCUGAUGCAGGAGGAAGUUAUCCACAAAAUACGAACGACAGUGAGAACUGUCAAGUAUAUAUUACGUUGCGAGAGGUGACGACAACGUUGAUGCAGAAACUCACCUCUGGACUGAUCCAAUCGACGAGAACGUUCUCGAAGGAAUCAAAUCCAGUAAAGGCCCAGAUUGACUUCAAGGACUCAUUCCGACUCCCUUAAAACGUAAUUUGUUGGAAAUUUAUGUUCUGUUAUGUAGUUAAUUCAAGUAAAAAAUUAUUUGUU